CUUUAUGAUAACACUCUGGAAUUUGUCCCCGUACAGGCCCUUUCUUUACCUCCAAAGUCACAAAUAAAAAAGAACAUUACACCAAAUACCAAUGACGUUGAUGAAAUUACUAAAGGUAUGGCAAACAUGUCAUUGAAUAUGGCAAAAAUGGCCAAAAAUAUUAAUGUUGUUGCUAAAACUGUUAAAAAAUUUUAG